AGGAGCGAGGGCGUGAGCGCGCAGAGCUGUUGCCGGAUGAGAGAUCAGAGCAGCACAUGAGCGCGCCUGCGUGCGUGUGCGCUCCGUUCACGUCGUCUUCAUCAUCCUCCGAUCAUCGAUCGAUUGACCGAUUGAUUGAUUGAUAGAUACAUCAUGUCCGCGCUGGAGGAGUACGAGCGCGCGCCCAAGCGCCUGAAGGUGUCCGCCGAGGAUGAGGAGGAGCUGGAGGAAGGCGAGGAGUCAGACUCAGCAUCCGCGGGGCUCAUGGGUGACGAUGAGGAGGAUGAAGGGCAGAGCAGAGCGCGCUGGAGCUCCGCGGACAGGAAGGACGGCGGCUCCGAGACGCACCGCAUCGCUCCGUCUCCCGUCGUUCACGUCCGAGGUCUUUGUGAAUCCGUGGUGGAGGCCGAUCUGGUCGAGGCUUUGGAGAAAUUCGGGAACAUCUGUUACGUGAUGAUGAUGCCGUUCAAGCGGCAGGCUCUGGUGGAGUUCGAGGAGGUCCAGAGCGCUGACCGCUGCGUGGCGUGUGGAUCUCAGGAGGCCGUCUUCAUCGCCGGACAGCAGGCCUACUUCAACUACUCCACCAGCAAGCGCAUCACCAGACCCACCAACGCAGACGACCCCAACAGCGGGAACAAAGUGCUGCUGCUGUCCAUCCAGAACCCGCUCUACCCCAUCACCACGGAUGUUUUGUACACGGUGUGUAACCCGAUCGGGAACGUUCUGCGCAUCGUGAUCUUCAAGAGGAACGGGAUCCAGGCCAUGGUGGAGUUCGAAUCCAUCCAGAACGCUCAGAAGGCCAAAGCCGCCCUCAACGGGGCCGACAUCUACGCCGGCUGCUGCACGCUGAAAAUUGAAUACGCUCGGCCCUCACGCCUCAACGUCAUCAGAAACGACAACGACAGCUGGGACUACACCAAACCCUUCCUGCUGCGCCGAGAGCGUGGUAAAGGCCGUCAGAGGCAGGCCAUCCUGGGAGAACACCCCUCCUCGUACAGCGAUAACGGAUACGGCUCUCACUGCCCCCUGCUGCCGCUGCCCGGUAAUAACCGCUUCAAGCGCGGCUCUCACGACGUCCCGGAGGUGGUGGCCUAUCCUCUUCCUCAGACGUCCUCCUACAUGAGCCACGCCUCCAGCUCCGUCGCCAUGGUGAGCGGCCUGCAUCCCGCCAAGAUGAACUGCACCCGCAUCUUCAACCUCUUCUGUCUCUACGGGAACAUCGAGAAGGUACAGUUCAUGAAGAGUGUCCCGGGCACAGCUCUAGUAGAGAUGGGUGAUGAGUACGCCGUCGACAGAGCAAUCACACACCUUAACAGCAUCAAGGUGUUCAGCAAACGACUCAAUGUCUGCGUGUCGAAGCAGCACGCUGUGAUCCCGAGUCAGGUGUUUGAGUUGGAGGACGGCUCCAGCAGCUACAAGGACUUCGCUAUGACUCGUAACAACCGCUUCACGAGCGCCGGUCAGGCGUCCAAGAACAUCAUCCAGCCUCCGUCCUGUGUGCUGCACUUCUACAACGUGCCGCCCUGCAUCAGUGAAGACGACCUGCAGCGGUUAUGCACAGAACACGACGUCCCGGGAUUCAUCAAAUACAAAGUGUUUGACGCCAAACCCAGCUCAAAGACCAUCUCCGGCCUGCUGGAGUUCGACAGUAAGACUCACGCCGUGGAGGUUCUGACGGUCCUCAACCACUAUCAGAUCCGGAUCCCCAACGGUUCGAACCCGUACACACUGAAGCUGUGCUUCUCCACCUCCUCACACCUCUGAGCCGCAGCAAUCGACACCGCCAUCUUCAUCAUCGUCAUCAUCACCUGCUCCUGCUGCUCCUCUCAGACCCGACUCUCCUUCAGUUUUAGUCCUCUUUAGUUUUUCAUUUGUAAUUCUGAUCAAACCAGGAAGCUGACACACACACACACACACACACACACACACACACACGUAGAAUAUGAUGAUGUCACUCCAGAUGAACCGCGGGGAGAGGCGAUGAAGGACACUGGCCAUCAUCAUCAUCAUCUGAACUGGAGAAACCGAAGGACUGACUGAAGAUGCAAUGAACACUUUAUUAUUUAUGUGUACAGCAGCGGCUUCACUAGAGACUAAAGGAUCAUCCGCUGGGUUAACUGCUUAACUAGUCACAUGACCUGUAGUUUGGGUUUGGUUGAUGAGUGGAUGUGACUGCAGCCCUGAUCCAGACACACUUCACUGAUUCACCAGCUGCGGGUGACAGAUGUACAGUAAGCCCAGACCAGCCGGUUAACUGACUACUAGUUAGUUUGUAGUUGACUCGGUUUGCACCAUUAGUUCAGCUCAUCAUCUCUCUGUACAGCGAUCCUCUCUCAGUUUCUGCAGGUUUGAUGAAGCUCGGUCUGAGACUUCUUCGCUGCAAAAAAAAUGUUUUCCUGUAGUAUGUUUGCUGUUUUUUUUGUUUUAAAUAUCUACAAAUUCUGGAAUUACAAUGUGUUUACUUGACAAGUAAAAGUACUUAUUAUAUUAUGUCUUGUUUUCGAAAACAGUUUUUAAAAAGAAUGGUCUGUAAAUGUCUAGAGAGGAAACUUACUUUUUAAUUGAUUUUAACUAGAAUAUAGAAAUAACUCUUACCUUACAUACUGUUCUUCCAGGAGAAGAUAAAAUUACUUCAUAAAAUACAGAAAAAUCAAAGUUUAUGAUUAAAAGAAGGAUAAAUGUUUGUUAGUGUCGUUUGAGAAAUCAAUCUCUGUUGAUUCAGAUCAGACUUCAUUUUAAUGUUUUGUCUUUAAAACAAGACAAACCUACAGAGGAACAACAGUGUGCAAAAUUGAAUGCCGUGACUUUAUGAAUUGAUCUGAAUUAUGGAGACGUUCUGCUCUGAAGAGUCAGACCUGCAGAAACCCUGGCGUGAAGUCCUCAGAUCUGUUCUCAAAGUGUUUCCUUUCUAAAUGCAGUCAGUGGGGAUUUUCUUCACGGCGACAAAUUACAUGAACAAAAAGAAAGACAAAAACCAUCACAAAAGAAUUAUUAUUUUUAAAUGUGUAAAUAAUAUGAAAGAACUGUGUCUAAAAUGAACAAAGGGCAAUAAACAAAUACUAAUUCAGCUCA